AUGGAAUUAACAAAUAAUAUUGUGAAUUAAGAUUAGAUAGUAGUUCAAAAUAUAAAAAGAAAGGACAAAGCUGGGGUAGAAAUUAUGAAGGGACUUAAGAAACACAAAAUAACAUUUGUCGAUGAAAUAGAGAAAGGGAAAGAAAUUCAAACUGUAAUUAUAGUAGAAUGUUGGAAAAAAUAUAAUUAUGUUUCUCCUGAUACUGAAGUGGCAGAUGAAUGCUGUUAGCUUAUUUGA